CGUCACGUGACCGCCGCGCACAGGCUGUUUGGCUUUCGCGGGGCACCGUAGCUGGGAACUGGCGGUAAAUUUCACGCAUUGUGCGGGUAGACGGAACCGGUGGCAUGGCGGAGGAGGCCGAGGAGCAGCUCUCCCGCACGCAGCGGCUGAAGGCUGCGGUUCAUUACACCGUAGGAUGCCUGUGCCAAGAGGUCGCCGACGAUAAGGAAACCCAGUUCAGUAAACAGGCGAUCGCCGCGAUUUCAGAAAUCACUUUCAGGCAAUGUGAAACGUUUGCGAAGGAUCUGGAGCUGUUUGCACGGCACGCCAAACGAAGCACAAUCAACAUGGAAGACGUGAAACUUCUGGCCAGACGCAGCCGCUCGCUGCACGAGCACGUCUGUAAAUGCGGCGAUGACAUUGCUUCCAAUAACCAGGAGCAGAAAGAGAAGAAGAAGAAGAAAUCCACGAGUGCCGCAAAGGGCCGGAGAAGCUCCGACGGGGACCCGGCCGCGGCCGACGGGGAGGACCAGGCGAUGGAGUGAGCGACGCCACCCGCUCCGGGCCGUCAUUCUCACCCUGCAAUGAGAGCCAAAGUAGUGUUUUCACCCCAAACUGCAGAAAAAACAAUCACAAAUUGUAAAUAUUUUGGUUUUGUUUUCGGAUUAAUGCAAAAUGUAUAUAUUUCUGUCUCUUUUGGGAAUAAUUUUGCUUUUUUUUCACAAACUGCUGGCCGUAGGCAAUAAACGUAUACUUUGUACAUUA